GCCUUCCAGGGCGGGGAAUCGCGUAAUGGCGGACGCAGGCCGGGCGAGCGCGGCUGGGGGCGUAGCGCGCUGAGGGGGGGUCCGCCUGGGUGGCAGCCCGGAAGGCUGGCUGGAGGAAGAGACCCCGUGCGGAGAAGGGCUGCCGGCUGGCCCUUCUGUAGGUGAGUGCGCCCGCGCGAGACCAGGUUGUUUUUCAUCAUUCAGAACAUUGCCUAAAGCAGGUCCACCAUGCCGUUAGUAACGAGGAACAUCGAGCCAAGGCACCUGUGCCGUCAGACGUUGCCUAGUGUUAGAAGUGAGCUGGAAUGCAUGACCAACAUCACCCUGGCAAAUGUCAUCCGACAGCUGGGCAGCCUGAGUAAAUAUGCAGAGGACAUUUUUGGAGAGCUUUUCACUCAGGCAAAUACCUUUGCCUCUCGGGUAAGCUCCCUUGCUGAGAGGGUCGACCGCCUACAAGUUAAAGUCACUCAGCUGGAUCCCAAGGAAGAAGAAGUGUCACUACAAGGAAUCAAUACCCGAAAGGCCUUCAGAAGCUCUACCAUUCAAGACCAGAAGCUUUUUGACAGAAACUCUCUCCCAGUACCUGUCUUAGAAACAUACAACACCUGUGAUACUCCUCCACCUCUCAACAAUCUCACCCCUUACAGAGACGAUGGGAAAGAGGCACUCAAAUUCUACACAGACCCUUCAUACUUCUUUGAUCUUUGGAAGGAGAAGAUGCUGCAGGACACCAAGGAUAUCAUGAAAGAGAAGAGAAAGCAUAGGAAAGAAAAGAAAGAUAAUCCAAAUCGAGGAAAUGUAAAUCCACGUAAAAUCAAGACACGUAAGGAAGAGUGGGAGAAAAUGAAGAUGGGACAAGAAUUUGUGGAAUCCAAAGAAAAGCUGGGGCCUUCUGGGUAUCCUCCCACCUUGGUGUACCAGAAUGGCAGUAUCGGCUCUGUUGAAAACGUGGACGCAAGCAGCUACCCACCACCGCCACAGUCAGCUUCCACUUCUCCACCUUCGCCUUCUUUCUCUGAGGACAGCUUGCCUCCCCCUCCAGCAGAGUUCAGCUACCCAGCAGACAACAACCAAAGAGGGUCUGGCUUAGCUGGACCCAAAAGAUCCAGUGUGGUCAGCCCCAGCCAUCCACCACCAGCUCCUCCUCUAGGCUCUCUGCCAGGCCCCAGGCCCGGGUUUUCUCCACCACCUGCCCCUCCACCUCCACCUCCAGUGAUGGGUAUUCCACCCCCACCACCACCUGGAGGAUUUGGGUCUCCAGGGACCCCACCACCACCUUCACCUCCAUCUUUUCCACCUCACCCUGAUUUUGCUGCCCCUCCGCCUCCUCCCCCACCACCUGCAGCUGACUACCCGGCUCUGCCACCACCUCCCUUGUCUCAGCCAGCAGGGGGAGCCCCUCCCCCUCCUCCCCCGCCUCCCCCUCCCGGGCCCCCUCCUCUCCCUUUCGGAGGUGCAGAUGGCCAGCCUGCUGCACCACCACAACUUUCUGAUGCCACCAAGCCUAAGUCCUCCUUGCCUCCUGUGAGCGAUGCCCGCAGUGACUUGCUUUCAGCCAUCCGCCAAGGCUUUCAGCUGCGCAGGGUUGAGGAGCAACGGGAACAAGAAAAGCGGGAUGUUGUGGGCAACGAUGUGGCCACUAUCUUGUCACGGCGCAUUGCUGUGGAGUAUAGCGACUCAGAAGAUGACUCCUCAGAGUUUGAUGAGGACGACUGGUCGGAUUAACCCUUUCUGCCUGCUGCCCACCUCCUUUUUCUUUUCUUCCUACCUGCCUUCUUUGAUGCCUACUCCAACAAUCCCAGUAGAGAAAAAGGGAGGAAAAAAAGAUUUCAAGGGGCCAAAGCCUUCUCUGAAGCAACCAAAGAUAUAUCUAAGUGCUUCCUUCAAAUCAAUACGUAUUUCCCAUCUCCCUGUAGCCCUCUGGGGCUCCUGAGGUUCAGUAGCUGAGGUGUCCUCUCUUCAGGUGACUGGUAUAUAUUGAAGAGAAGGAAAAUCCCCAAAGCAGAUCCCUUUGUUUGGGCUUAAAUUGGAGUUAAUGCCUCUCUGUAAGAGCCAUUUUCAACUGUGGUCUUCUAAAAUUCUUGCCCUCAGCUACUUUGAAUAAUGCCAGCCAUCUUCUGGUCCUCCAGCCUGCGUGGACGCAGCUGGCCCCUUUCCCAUUCACUGAGGGCAGACUGCCCCAGCAACCAGACUGCCACAUCCUUUGCUGUGAUCAGCUGGGUGGGGCUCCCUUUUGGUAAGCCAUCUCUAUGUCUGGAUGCUCUUUUUUCCAGGAGCAUUCAAACUCCUAAAGAGUACCUCACUCUUUCUGCACAGAAAUGUUGCCUUUCUGAAGGCCGAGGUGGUUGUUCCUUCCUCCCAGGCUCCCCCUCCUGCGUGUGGUGUUCUGGUGUCUUCAGAUGCCCCUCCUUUGCCACCAGGUACCUGUAGGCACCACAGCCCAGUUCUAACAUCUAACACCCAUAACCAAACUGGCCCUGAUGCAGGGAUCUGGGCCUCUGCCAGCUGUCAGGAGCCUAGCUUAGAGGCUUGGAACUGCAGGGUUGGAAGAGUGCUGGCACUCCUUGGGUCCUAUUCUCUUAAUGAUGCUGAUGUCUAGAGAUGGGAAGUGACUUGCUCAAGGUCACGCAGAUGGAUGGUGUCAGAGCUAGAGCCCAGAGUUCCUGUGCUUUCUGGGACCAAACAGUGGGCACCUGCUGGAGUCUGGGCAGAGCGGUCCUGGCUCUCUGCUACUCCAGACCUCACCAUGGUGGAGGGGGGCACCUAGUAGGAGGCUCAAGACCUGUGCCAGACCUGUCAGUGCUGUUCAGACCCUAACUACCUCUCUCAUAAUUCUUUGUUCCCCCUUUACUAUCACCAACCAGCCGCAUGUCCUUGGGGGCUACCCUUCUGGGGGACCAGAGGUAGUGAGAGAAGGAAGGGGGUAGUCAGCUUUGACAGGUGCUGUUUUCAAUUCCUCUGCAACUUGCCUCCCUCUUAUUUCCCCAUUUUAAGCACAGGUUCUGCCAACUGCAGAAACUUCAGUCCCUCAGGCUGGUAGCCGCUGCAGGUAGCUGCCUGGGGGGGGCCUGGUAGCCGUCAGGAGGGCUGAAAGGCAGAGGGACACUGAGGCUUGUUUCCAGCUCCCCUCCUCACUGCACACAGUGAUGUUUCCUCCCUCGCUCCUCCUUUUCCCCAGAGCUAAUACACAGGUGCUAUUAUUCAGGAAAAAAACUGUCAGCUUUGGCCAACAGUGAGGUUUCUUCUCUUCUGCCCUAACUAUUGUGUAGCCUUUUCUGCGGAAACCAGCUUCUCCUGGCUUCUCCGGCUUUCAGAAGCCUGAAACAAAGAGAAACAGGAUCUGCUUCUACCCAGCACAGCAAAUGGUUGUAGUAAUUGCCAAAGCCCUCAUAAACCCCUCCGGCUCGAGGAGAGUGUAAUCACGGGUACUGCUGCUGUGCCUGGCUGAAUGCUCCCCCUCUGCCUUCUUUCCUUGAGCUCUGGGCUUGGGGACCCACCUUUAGGGGCCAGCAUGGCCUCCUGCUGGGGUUGCUCCGGAGUGUGCCUUCCUGGCUCCCCCUCACCCCCUGGUGAGGGGUCUCCAGCAUAGCGCUGGCAGCAGUGCCAGUGCUGAGCAUACCAGGUUGUAUGUGCCUAUGCCUUGCUUCCCACCUUGUGCUUUAGAAGCUGAAGGUGCUUUCUUCAAAUGGCUGUUGAAGGUGCCCUGGCUGCAGCCCAGCAGUGGCUGGAGAGGCAGGCAGAGGGAGGUGGUUCUCCCAAAUAGGAGUCCUGGGGCUUGUCCAGGCCAGGGUUUGGGCGUAAUGGGUUUCACUAAAUUACCCCCAUUCCCCUCAUUUCCAGAAAAGGGGGAGCCAGCACCACUCACUGUCAUUCUGCUCUGACCUUGAAAGGGGUGGUGUUGGCCUGGCUUCUGGAAUGGACUGAGGCGGCACUGGAAAGGGCUGGGGUCAGGAGGAGGUGGGGAGGGGCACUGCCUGGGAAAGGUAGGAUUAGAUCAUUAGCUCAGUGACCUCCUAUGGUUUCGAUGUGCUGUGUUCUCAUCCUACAGCUGGUUUAGUAAUGAUCUGCAAGUCCCGGAGAGCAACAGCACAGCUCUGUCUGACGCUCUCAUUAAAAUCUAUGCAGCCAAGCUCUGCGCUUUGUAGCAGCCUGCCUUGCAAAGCCUCCUCAGCUCGGGGGGCUGGGGACCCAGUCAGCAGAGAGGCCCUCUGGGCUCUAUUUAUGCAUAUGUGCACACACACACACAAAAUGCUUCCUUAAACCCAGAGCCCUUUAAGAUGAUAAAGGACCCUAUGCAGGUAAUUGUGUGUCUUUGGAAUCGUGUAAUUGUAGAAUGCAAAGUUUAGUGAUUGUUUAAACUGGGCUGAGGCUGGUAAGAGUAUGGAGCAAUGGCCCAUAAAGACUCUUCAGUGCUGCAGCCUUGGAGCCACCUCCCUUCCCUGGUCUGCCCAGCCCAGGGGACCUGCCCCCAUUCCUGUGGCCCAGGGGCCCAGCUUCCAAUCCGCAGUGUCAGAAGUGACUUGUGGCUUUGCUGUGGUUGUGAGACGAGAACAUUCCAUAGGAGCAGCCGCAGGGAGGGAGCAGGCUCAGCCAGCCCUUGGAGGCCCUGAGCAGCUGGCCCAAGCUCCAGCUCGCCUCCAGCGGAAGCCCUAGCGCCCUCAGAAACGACCCUGGCCAAUGUCACCGCAGAGCUGAGGCGGUGUUGUCAGGGCUAAUGUGAAAUCUCUUCCCGUGGCGCCAAUCCUCCAGCUCUGCAGCGCCAGCUUGGACAGAUUGAGGUCUCUGUGGCUUGGGUGACCCUGCUUAAGCAUUCCCACCAUGUCCCAACUCUGCUCUCUGCUUGCCUUCCACUGCAGCCCCUCACCUGACCUCAGGGCCGGGGGAGGGGUGAUGCCCUGAAGCCAGGGACUUUUGCUCAGGAGGGACAUCAGGCUUCCGGGAGGCAUCAGGCUUUGAGCUCUACUGGAGUCCAGCCAACCUGGGACCAGGUGUUGCUCAGAGAUGCACCUCAGUCUGUCUCAGUGAGGGCUAGGGAACAAUUUUGUUACUGUUUUAACUUUACUCAGUCAAUUUGAGAAACUAACUGAUUUUUACUUUCUGUCUAGAAUAAUGUAGAGUGAGCUAUAUUGCUCCCAAAGUGCCUUGUUUUCUCUAAUAUAAAUAUAUUUAUAAGGACCUAUUCCAGUGGAUUCUUGGGUGUGUUUGCCACAUUUUAGGGAGUGGGCAUUUAUGUAGUGGGGAUAUAGUCUGAAAAUGGAUCCCUUUCCCCUGAGGAUGGGGAAGGAGCUUCAGUUAGAUCUCAGCAGUGGGGUUAAGCCAGACCCCUAAAAUGACCCUUCCUUUUUGCCCUAGUCCCUCAUCUCAGGUCCUUAGAAGGACAUGCAACCUGGUCUCCUGUACUUCCCUGCCAGGCCCAUGUGUGUACCAAGUCAGCACCCCAAGGACCGGGAUAUUCCAUGUGACUAUCUUUUGUAUACAUGCAAACAUGUACAUGCCAAUAUUUUAAGUAAUUUGAUAAAGUCUUUGUAGCCACUCA